AUGGCGGUUCACGCUGUUGAUUCACCAACCUGUUGCACUAUUCAAGACGUUGUCUUGACCAUAUCCGCAGCUCGCCAAGGACCAAACUUAUUGAUACAAUACGGCUUUGUGGUGUUCUUCGUAGCUGGUUUUCCUCUAGCGCCUUUCUUAGCCCUAGCCAACAAUCUCGUGGAGCUAAGGGUGGACGCUUACAAAAUAACGAACCAUUUUAAAAGACCUGUUCCCAAUAAGGUUGCCGGAAUAGGAGCUUGGAUGGGAAUCCUUCAAGCAAUCACUUACGCGGGUGCAAUGACGAACGCUGUCAUUAUAGCUUUUACCGGUGAUUUUGUGCCGCAAGAGAUAUAUAAACAUACUAUUGAUUAUAAUUUAAGAGGAUUUGUCAAUACCACAAUUUCCGCAUUUGUUAGGUCAGAUAUUGAUUCUACAUCCGAAAGUGGUGCUAUUUGUUAUUAUCCAGGCAAAAGAUAUCCACCCGAUCAUCCAAAUAAGUACGAACUGACAACCGACUAUUGGUAUAUGCUUGCCAUGAAAUUCUUAGCAAUUGUUCUUUUUGAGCACGUGGUAAUGGUUACCAAUGGCAUUAUAGCAUACGCCAUACCUGACGUACCAGCUCACGUCACCGAACGACUUGCAAUGGAGGAAACAAAGAAGAAAGAAACGAGAAUGGCUGCUCUUGAUAAGAAAUAUGACCCUACACAAAGAAGAAUUAGUGUUACAGAUGAUAUUAUCACGUUCAAUAGCAGAGACCGGAUAUUGAUCAUAAAUCAAUUGUUAGAGCGUGCCAGUUUUGGGACAGAACCCGGAGAAACCGGACUAUCAAAGCUACUGAAACAACGCGUUAUAGAAGAUGCUUAUCCACUUCAUGAUGGAUCGGCUUAUUAUGGGUCUGACAGUGUGAGACAAAACGAUAGACGGCUUUUAUACCUGCAUUGGGCAAGAUUUAGGUGUUGGUAUAAAGAAGUACCUUUGGAUUUGGUGUACAAAUACUUUGGGUGUGAAAUAGCGUUCUAUUUUGCCUGGGUCGAAUUUUUCAAUUUGAUGCUGCUCUAUGCCUCCAUUCUAGGAUCGUUAGUGUUCAUUAUCGAUCUUAUAAUUUAUUAUGCUAGCAGUAACAUUGUUAAGAUAUACGAGUAUCGUGAUGAACUGAGAAAGAGAAAUUUGAAAACAAAAUCAAGCGGGCUGGAACCGUUCUUGCCGAAAUAUGUCACGUGGCCACGCAUGAUUGCAACGAUUUCUGUUUGCGUUUUCAUGAUGUAUGAUGAUCUUUCUAUUUGGUUAACCACUUUUGAGAUCCCAAGGACUAAACGAGACUUCGACAAUUCGGUGUUAUACAAAAGAUACUUUUUGUUAUUUGUGAACAACUAUACUGCGCUAUUCUACAUAGCGUUCCUACAGUUGGCUUUCCUGAUAUUGCUGAAAAAACUUGCAGGAAAUAUUUUAACCCUCAUAAAGCUUAAUAUCAUGACUAGGUCCAGGGGGUAUAAGGGGAAAAAGGAGAUGGAUAUACCAAUAUACGAGAGGGACUACGCAUUGUUACCAACCGAUAGAUAUUUAUUAACGACGGAAUUUUGUGAAAUGAUUAUUGAAUUCGGGUUCGUGACGUUCUUCGUGGCCGCCUUCCCCUUGGCCCCUCUCUGCGCUCUUCUAAAUAAUCUUCUAGAGCACCGUUUGGACGCCAACAAAUUAGUGACUAAAUACAGAAGGCCCAUUCCUAGGAAAAUGGGCGGAAUUGGCGCCUGGAACGGAGUGCUACUAGGUGUUACGUACUUAAGCACAGUAACAAACGCAUUUGUGAUAGCAUUUACUAGCGAUUUUGUCUGGAGAGAAGUAUAUAAACGUAGGUAUAAUUUUUAUCUCAGAGGAUUUGUUAAUUCUUCCCUAUCUGCUUUUGCCACCCAAGAUUAUGAAUUAUUCAAAGAUAUACCACCAAAACCAGAAGUUUGUUACUACUACGGCAAGCGACAUCCUCCGGAUCACCCACAGAAGUACGAGUACACCACUGAUCAUUGGGUGGACAUAUUUUAUAGAUUAAUUUGCGUGUUCGUUUUCGAGCACGUAAUCCUGGUAUUAACUGGAAUCCUUUCGUACGCGAUACCCGAUAUUCCAAAAACUGUGAAAGAACAUAUGCACCUUGAAAGACAGCUAGUAAAGGAAGCGAAGCUGAAAACAAUAAGUGAUACAAUACACAUGGAAGAAAGAAAGAGAGGAACAACAGACACUACGGAUUGGAUAAUGUUAUAA